AUGCCUGCUACCGACCUGAAAAGACGGUUUGACAGGUCUAAAAUCGCUCCAUUGAAGGCAGAACGGAGUGAAGGCUCAUACGGACACGAAAAACCAGAGCUCGUCGAGAGACAAGUUCUACCGGAGAACAACUUCGUUCCUUCGGAUCAGAUAUCUAGUGAUGAAGACAGCGGGAGCGAGGAUGAGGGGGCUGAUAAUUCCUCGGACGAAGAGGAAGACCUCAACAAUCCAAAUCCCUUUGAACCAAUGACAUCCACGGCCUCGCGAGACCAGACAUCCAUCAGCACGUCUACAACGACGCACAAGCACCCAUUCCCGACCCGUUCGUUGACAAGCAGCUCUGCCACGUCCACCUACGUCUCAGCAUACCCACCGACAUCGACGGAAACGGGCACCACCCCCUCGCAGGGACAUCUUUCCACCAGCUCGACGUUCCCCGGCUCCUUCACUACAAGCUCACCUCCCACCACUGUCGUCCCCCUGGCCACAUCAGUGUCGACCAGCCCAAUUGCUGCCAGUGAGGGUGUCAGUGCCUCAAACCACCCGAUUGCGAAAGCGGCGAUUAUAGUCCCAUCCCUGCUGGGCGCCGUGGCCGCUGUUGUGGCAGCCUACCUUCUCUUCCGCUAUUGCACUUCGCUCAAGACUAGAUGGGCAGUCUACCGAGCACGGAGAGGUCAGAGGCUACCCGGCGAGGAAGAAGACGGGCCGGCUCCCCAAGUAGCUCCGCCCAUGUCUGAGUCGUAUACCACGCGGACGACAGAGCUCACACUCCCUCCACCCCUAUACACGGCUUCAACAGCGACUCCCCCAACGCCGUCGGUCGCUGGAGACCCAGACAUCGCAGUUCCCGUCACGACCAGACGCGCUCCUCCACCACUGCUGGUUCGCACUGGGUCGAAGAGCACGACUCCUGCCAACGCCGCGGUUGCCGACCAACAUACUCGCUCUCACAGCGGAACACGAAGCCUGCACAACGACACGACACUGCCGCCAGCGUACACGUUGGGUGGCCACGGAACUCACACUUUCCAAGUCCACGUCGAGGAGGACACCGGAGCUCGAAACGGGGAGGAAGCACCAUUCAGACAUCCCAACGGCCUCGCCAACAACCCCCCAACUCCCGUUGCGCGGAAGCACCCUUUGACACCGUCGAUCCGGGGACACGAACCCACAAGUCCUGUGCCCAGCAUGCCUUCUCCCACCUGCCUCUCAGUCGGUAGUCGCCUCAGCAUGGACUUCCCCAUGCCACCGACGGCGCCGUCGGCGGCGCACUUCUCGACACCCUCUUCUCCGCCGGGAUCCACCUUCAGUCCUCCGCGACGGCUGCGCAAGUCCAUCACCCCUUCCGAGAGCAUCUCCAACGUGCCCGACUCGCCCUUCCCGUUCUCGCCCGCGCUCCGGCCGCCCAUGCCGCCGCCGGCCUGGACUUCGCGCUGGAGCCACAAUUCCUCGAGCAUCCACGGGCGCAUAGCAACAGUCCUGGCCGAGGAAAGAUGCCCUGCGCCGCUGCGCCACAGCGCAGGCCCGGGUCUCGUGGACACGAGGCUAUCCCCACUGCGGUCUCCGGCUCCGAAAAAGAUAUCGAGUUACUCGCUUGUGGCACCCCCAUCUUAA